CAAUCUUUCCCCUUUUACUUUUCAUCAAUUAAUCAAUCAAUCUUCAAAUAUUUCAUCAAAAACAGCACAAGAUCAAUCUACUCUCAUCAAAUCAAAUAAUAAAUAAAAAUAAAGUUGUAAUUCUUAUUCAAUAAUCUCGAUGGUUUUUCCCUUGAAACAUGAUCCGCAAUCGCAAGCCAUCUAAGUUUCGUCGAAUUAGAAUGAACAUCGUAAAAGGUGUUGCUGGUCUUAUUCGAAGAACAUCUGGCUAUGGUGGUGAGUAUGGCAUUGGCUCACCCUCUCACAGGUUCCCUGUUCCAGUCUCAAAAGUCGAAUUCAGUGACAUUGGUGAUGAAGCAAUUUUAUCUGCACUAUGGCAGAAAUAUCAAAGUGCCUCUGAUAAGGCAGAAAGACAGAAGGCCUUUCAUAUAUUUCUCAAACAGUUUUUAGUAAUAUACAAGAACUGGGAGCCAUUUGAUCUAGAUGGUUACUCGGAGGCUGCUUCAUCUGGUGUCUCAUCCGGGGAUGAGUCUCAACAUUCUGAUGAGGUUAUCAUCGGCUGCUCUGCUGCGCAUCCUGCUGAAAUAGUGGUGAUUUUAAUAGAAGAAAUUGCAAACAUAACUGCUAUGGUCACUGAAUACAUAUCAGGGACUUCAAGUAGCUUAGCCAUCACAUCUGAAGGUUUUGCCGUCCUGAAUGCUUUGAUUAUAAUGACCCGGUCUAUGCAUAAUUGUAAAGUUUUGGGCUAUCAUGGUGGUAUUCAAAAGUUGACGGCACUAAUGAAAGCGGCUGUUGUCCAAUUGAAAGCCAUUGCCAGUGCACUUCCAGCUGAUGAAACUUUGUCAAGUUCUAAUGUAGAAAAAGCUGGCCUUUUACAAAAAAUACUCGUACAUGUGAUCUCAAUUUUAUGCGGUUUUAUCAAUUUACGGGUAGAUGUAUAUGGGAAGACUCUGAUAGACAUUGACAACUUGGAAGCCUCUGUUGAAAGAAUUGCCACAACUCUGGAGUCUUUCUGUGAUUCAAGGGAACCUCUUUCUGAAAAUAGAGUGCAAUGGCAUCAGAAGGCAGUUAUAUCAGUGAUGGAAGCUGGUGGUCUUAAUUGGUUAGUAGAGCUUCUGCGUGUGAUUAGAAGGUUAAGCUUGAAAGAACAAUGGACAGAUUCAUCUCUGCAGUAUGUAACAUUAAGAACUCUUCAGUUGGCAUUAAUUGAUAACACACGUGGUCAAAACCAUUUUCGGAGCAUUGGGGGGCUUGAAGUGUUGUUGGAUUGUCUUGGAGUUUCAUCGUUUAACUCUUUAAAGUCAAAGAACUCUUUUUCUGCUAAUGAAAGAGACGGAAUUCCUCUAAUGUGGAUUUUGCAGCUGCAUCUUCUUUCCUUGGAGGUCCUCAGGGAAGCUGUCUUUGGGAAUUUGAGCAAUUUGCAAUUUCUGUGUGAAAAUGGAAGAGUGCACAAGUUUGCAAAUAGCUUUUGUUUGCCUGCAUUUAUGUUUCAAGAAUUUACGCAGAAAAGAAGCAACGUAUUGGUAGAGGAUGAUUUAAAAAUCUCUUCCUCUGCUGACAGUGACAGUAAGAAAAAUGUUCAGAAUACAAGAAAUACCGAAACUUCUUUAUCCAUGAAUAUACCCAGUUGCCAAUAUUGGAGUAAUUAUACUGUCAAUUUGAGCAAAGCCCUUUAUUCAUUUGUUCUCACAUUAGAAGAUUUAAGAUCACAUCAAGUCCAAUCAUCUAACCGAAUUAGUUUUCCAAUUUCUUCUGCGUACGGGGAACUUUCAGUUAAGUUCAUCAUGAGGGUUCUCCUAACAGUAUUUCCAAGCAUUAUGGCUUUCUCAAAUCAGUAUGAGCUUCCUAGCCACUUAAGGAUAUUCUUGUAUUCGCUUCAACAUUACAUGCUGUUUGUAUUUAGAAAGAUCCUUGUUUUAUCCCCCUCAUUGCUGGAUGUAUUCCGGUCAGAAGGGGUAUGGGAUUUUAUCUUUUCGGAGCACUUCUAUUUUGGAAGUGGUUCAACAGUAAUUCCUGAGGCUUACAUCAACUAUAGUGAUGUUAGUUCCUUUAGCAAUGAACCGUAUACUCGUUCAAAAUCUACUGACAAACAAGUACCGAGUAACGAAGCUGAUAUCCUGCAAACUAAUGUAGUUUCAGUUGUUGAGUUUGCUGCAACCCUGGAAGCAACUACACAUAAUAUGCCUGAAUGUUCUGUGCUUUUAGACUCCCUAGAGCUGUUUGCUUGUAAUUCUGAAGUUGCCACUGGUCUAGCAAAGUGUCUACUCCACAUUUUGCAGCUUGCACCUGAGAAAACUUUUUACUCUUUUAAAACACUCGAUGCAAUUCCUAGAGUACUAAAAGUUGCUUGUAUUCAACCUCAAGAGUCCAAAAGACCUGUUAAUGAUUUAAGCAACUUCAGAGAAAUGAUUGUUUCACAACCUUCAAGGAAAUCAAGUUCCCGUGAUUGUAUGGAAGCAUGCAUGCAGCUUUUUGCAGAGUUUUAUGCAGUUACUGAAGAAGCUAAACUUCUGGUUCUGAAUAGCUCUACUUGUAUUGAUUGUUUGUUCGAUCUUUUCUGGGAAGAAUGUAUGAGGAGUUCUAUGCUUUCUUAUAUCUUUGCCCUGAUGAAGUUCAUUCCAUCUGCUGAAGAUGACCGAAAGGCAAAGUUAUAUUUAUGCUCUAAAUACUUGGAAACUUUCACGCAUGUCAAAGAAAGGGAGAAAAACUUUGCGAAACUGUCAAUUGAUCUGCUGGUUGGGAUGAGAGACAUGCUUGUGAAAGACCGAGUGUACUUCCAGACUUUGUUCCGUGAUGGCGAGUGUUUUCUGCAUGUCGUAUCUUUAUUGCAUGGGAACGCUGAGGACGAGGAGGGUGAAAAGCUGGUUCUGAAUGUUUUGCAAACUCUUACCUCUCUGCUUACGGGUAAUGAUGCCUCAAAGGCUUCUUUUCGAGCUCUUGUUGGCAAGGGUUAUCAAACCCUGCAAAGUUUGCUGUUAGACUUUUGUCACCGACGGCCAAAUGCAGGCCUUUUAACUGCUCUGCUUGAUAUGCUUGUUGAUGGGAAGUUUGAUCUCAAGAAGUGUCCUACUAUGAAGAACGAAGACGUUAUCUUGCUUUAUCUGAGUGUAUUGCAGAAGAGCAGUGACUCAAUGCGGAAUGAAGGGCUGAACAUAUUUCUUCAGCUUCUUAGGGAUUCUAUAUCAAGUAGAGCUUCAUGUGUCCGAGUGGGAAUGCUUAGCUUUCUUCUCGACUGGUUUCCUUGUGAAGAAAAUGAUAGUGUUGUUUUGAAAAUUGGCCAGUUAAUUCAGGUAACUGGUGGACAUAGUGUAUCUGGGAAGGAGAUUCGCAAAAUAUUUGCUCUACUUCGAAGUGAGAAAGUAGGGACUCGGCAACAAUAUUGCUCACUAUUGCUGACCAAUAUUUCAUCCAUGCUAAAUGAGAAAGGACCAACAGCCUUCUUCAAUUUUGAUGGACAUGAUUCUGGAAUAAUAAUCAAUACGCCACUGCAGUGGCCUGUUUAUAAGGGGUUUUCUUUUUCUUGUUGGGUUCGGGUAGAAAGCUAUCCCACAAGUGGAAGAAUGGGGCUGUUUAAUUUUCUUUCAGAAAGCAGAAGAGGAUGCUUGGCUGUGCUUGCAAAGGAUAGGCUAUACUUUGAGGCUAUUUACCAGAAACGUCAGUGUCUUUCGUUUCCUCUCAGCCUCGUGUGUAAGAAAUGGCAUUUUCUGUGCAUAACUCAUAGCAUUGGUAGAGCUUUCUCAGGAGGGAGUCAAAUAAGAUGUUAUUUGGAUGGACUUCUUGCUUCUUCAGAGAAAUGCAGUUAUGCCAAGGUCACUGAACCUUUAUCCAAUUGCAUGAUAGGAGCACCAAUUUUACAUUCUGUUGAAGAAGAUGGUGCUUCUUUCAGCAGAGAGUCGUCUCCAUUUUUUGGUCAGAUUGGUCCAGUCUAUCUCUUUAAUGAUGUCAUCACUUCUGAACAAGUGCAAGGAAUCUAUUAUCUGGGACCAAGCUAUAUGUACUCGUUUCUUGACAAUGACUUUUCACUUUCUGGUGAUAGCCCGUUGCCCAGUGGAAUUCUUGAUGCCAAGGAUGGUCUUGCCUCCAAGAUAGUUUUUGGACUUAAUGCACAGGCUAGUAGUCGUAGGACAUUGUUCAAUGUUUCACCGUUGCUUGAUCAUUCACUUGACAAGAGCUCAUUCGAGGCAACUGUGAAAAGUGGGACCCAACUAUGUUCUCGGCGCUUGUUGCAGCAGAUUAUCUACUGUGCUGGGGGCGUUUCUGUCUUCUUUCCUCUCUUCACUCGCAUUGAUUUAUAUGAUGACGACAGUCAGCAACUUGGAUACAAUCUGCUUACACCUAUAACAAAGGAGCGUUUAACUGCUGAAAUUAUUGAGCUUAUUGCCUCUGUGCUAGAUGAGAACCUGCCCAAUCAACAACAAAUGCUCAACCUUUCUGGAUUUUCAGUUCUUGGUUUUUUGUUGCAAUCUGUUCCUUCACAACAGCUUAACAUGGAAACCUUAUCGGCGCUGAGACAUAUGCUAAAUGUUAUCUCAAAUUGUGGCUUGGCUGAUGUCCUUGUAAAAGAUGCAAUCUCACAUGUAUUUCUCAAUCCUUUCAUCUGGGUAUAUGCUGGUUACAAAGUGCAACGAGAAUUAUACAUGUUUCUCAUCCAGCAAUUUGACAAUGAUCCAAGGCUUCUCAAGAGUGUAUGUCGCUUUCCACGUGUACUUGAUAUAAUUCACCAGUUUUACUGGGAUAACAUGAUGUCUCAUCCCACUUCUGGAAGCAAACCUCUCUUACAACCUAUAACAAACAAAGGUUUCGGAGAGAGGCCCAACAAGGAAGAAAUACAAAAGAUACGCCUCCUUUUACUAAGUAUAGGUGAAAUGAGUCUUAGAGAGCAUAUCUCAGUGUCGGAUAUAGAAUCACUUGUUUCCUUUUUGGAGACAAGUCAAGACAUGGCAUGCAUUGAGGAUAUUUUACAUAUGAUCAUCCGAGUGCUUUCUCAUAAACCUUCACUUGCGUCUUUUCUUGAUCAAGUCAAUUCACUCGGUGGCUGUCAUCUUUUUCUUAAUCUGCUUCAAAGGGACCAUGAACCAAUCCGAUUACUCGGUUUGCAAUUUUUGGGAAGACUUUUGGUUGGUAUACCAUCAGAGAAGAAAGGAUCGAGCUUUUUCACAUUGGCUAUAGGAAGACCAAAGUCUGUUGUAGAAGGACCCAAGAGAGUCGAGUUAAAGCCGCAACCCAUUUUUUCCGCCAUUUCAGACAGGCUGUCCCGAUAUCCUCAGACUGAUUCUCUGUGUGCAACUUUUUUUGAUGUUCUACUCGGUGGUGCCAGCCCUAAACAGGUCAUGCAGAGACAUAAUCAGCCUGAGAAUCAAAGGAGCAAGGGAACCAACUCUCAAUUUUUCUUACCCCAAAUAUUGGUUCUCAUCUUUAAGUUUUUGUCUGACUGUGGGGAUGUCAAUGCAAGAGUAAAAAUAAUGGGAGACCUGCUUGAAUUGCUAAAAUCAAAUAUCUCUAAUAUUGAAGCACUUAUGGAAAAUGGAUGGAAUGCCUGGUUAGUUGCUUCCAUGAAACUUGGUGUUUUGAGAAACUACAAAAUGAAGCCACUAGUUCAUGGCAACAGUGAGUUAGUUGAGCAGAACUAUAUGAGGACCUUGUUUUCUGUAGUUCUUUUUCACUACGUACAGUCAAUAAAAGGGGGCUGGCAACAUUUGGAAGAAACUGUGAAUUUUCUUAUGAUGCAACGUGAACAUGGUGGCAAAUCUUAUCAGUACCUGCUCCACGAUAUAUACGAGGACUUGAUGAAGCAACUCGUGGAUUUGUCUUCCAGGGAAAAUAUUCUUUCUUUGCAACCAUGUCGUGACAACACAUUGUACCUUCUGAAGCUAAUUGAUGAGAUGUUGAUUUCUGAGCUUGAUAACAAGCUUCCGUUUCCAGCAUGUGGCUAUGAUUUCUCUCCUGACCGCAUUGAGCUGAAAAAUGAUAAAGAUCUUGUCUCUGCUUUGUACGAAGCCCUUCAGGGAGAAAAUAAUGAUCACUUCUCAAGAAAUCCACAGGUUAAUAUGCAGCCUGCCCUCAACGAAGUUGAAAAGGUUGAUGAAUCAUGGUGGAUUCUAUAUGACAAAUUGUGGGUUGUCAUUAGCGAGAUGCAUGGGAAAGGACCAAGCAGAUUCUUACAAAAGUCAUCAUCUGCCGUUGGACCAUCUUUUGGCCAAAGAGCACGAGGUUUAGUUGAGUCAUUGAAUAUUCCUGCUGCCGAAAUGGCUGCUGUUGUUGUAUCAGGAGGAAUCAGCAAUGCUCUGGGUGGAAAGCCAAACAAAGUAAUUGAUAAAGCCAUGCUGCUAAGGCCUGAAAAGUGCUCAAGAAUUGCUUUUCGACUAAUGAUUGUAUAUCUCUGCAAGUCUUCACUUGAAAGAGCAUCACAAUGUGUUCAGCAGUUCAUUCCCAUACUGCCGAUUCUCCUGACGGCUGAUGAUGAGCAAAGCAAGUGUAGACUACAACUUUUUAUCUGGGCCUUGCUUUCUGUCAGAUCUCAGUAUGGGAUGUUGGACGAUGGUGCUCGGUUUCAUGUAAUCGCACACUUGAUACGCGAAGCAGUAGACUGUGGUAAGUUGAUGUUGGCAUCCAAUAUUGUUGGAAGAGAUGAUAUUUUCGAUACAGUAAGCAUUUCAAAGGAAGCCGGAACAAUCCAGAAUCUAAUACAAAAGGAUCGUGUGCUUGCUGCGGUUUCUGACGAGGUUAGAUAUCUGAGAAAUGCGACCUUAGAGCGAACACAACAGUUAGAUGAGUUCCGUGUUAGGAUGGCUGAGAUUAUGUCUUCUGAUGUGAAUCAGUUGAAAAAUUUCGAAAUGGAAAUGCACAGUAGCUUAAAUGUCAUUCUUGCUUCAGAUGAUAGCAGGAGAGCUUCCUUCCAGCUUGCUCAUGAUGAGGAGCAACAAGUAACUGCUGAAAAUUGGAUUCACAUGCUACGCACCCUGAUUGAUGAAAGAGGACCAUGGUCAGCUAAUCCUUUCCCUAACCAUAUUGUUACACACUGGAAACUUGACAAGACAGAAGACACGUGGCGGCGUAGGCAGAAGUUAAGGCAAAAUUAUCAUUUUGAUGAAAAGCUUUGCCAUCCUCCAUCCACUCUUCCUAGCAAUGCGACUAUUCCUCCAACAAUUGAAACAAAAUCGGGCUUUGCAGCUCAUAUUCCUCAGCAAAUGAAACAGUUUUUGCUCAAAGGAAUUCGAAGGAUAACAGAUGAAAGUUUCUUAGAGUCCAUAGAAUUCGAGACCGAGGCCAAUGAGCAGAAGGCCUCUACCAGUGAGGAUCUAUCAGAGGGUUCAAAAGACGAAAGUGAUCAAAAGGAUUUCCAUGAUCGGAACGAUCACGCGUCUACAUCAAUGGAGUCGGAAGAUAGUGAGGUUCUCAUGUCUCUUCCUUGUGUACUUGUUACCCCAAAAAGAAAACUAGCUGGCCGUUUGGCUGUCAUGAAAAAGGUGCUACAUUUUUUUGGCGAGUUCUUGGUUGAAGGAACUGGGGGUUCAUCUGUUUUCAGAAGUAUUCAAGCAUCUGGCAGUUUUGAUUCAAACAAAACUGAUAAUUUAGGUAUGCAGAAGAAUAAAUCUAUCAAAUGGCCAGUUAAUUUAGAUUUAACUUUGGAGGGAGAGGCUUCUGAUAACAUAAAUGCAGUUCUGGGUAAUCUGCUUCUAAAGCAAUCUGAAAAUAUCAAGCGCCACAGAAGGUGGGAAAUUAGUAAGAUAAAGGCUGUCCACUGGACUCGUUAUUUGCUGAGAUACACUGCCAUAGAGGUUUACUUUAAUGAUUCAGCUGCUCCAGUAUUCUUUAACUUCGCAUCAAAUAAAGAAGCCAAAGAUGUUGGAAGCUUAAUAGUAGCCACUAGAAAUGAAUCUGUUUUCCCGAAGGGACACAAAGACAAGGCUGGCAUUAUAUCCUUUGUAGAUAGACGUGUUUCGAUGGAGCUCGCUGAAACUGCUAGAGAGAGAUGGAGGAGAAGAGAUAUUACAAACUUUGAAUAUCUCAUGAUCCUCAAUACCCUUUCUGGCCGUUCGUAUAAUGACUUAACCCAGUAUCCUGUAUUUCCAUGGGUACUGGCCGAUUACACUUCUGACAAUCUUGACUUUAACAAGUCCUCUACUUUCCGUGAUCUUUCAAAGCCUGUUGGAGCACUGGAUCAAAAACGUUUUGAGGUUUUUGAAGAUAGGUAUUGUAACUUCUCUGAUCCUGAUAUCCCCAGUUUCUACUAUGGAUCUCAUUACUCAAGCAUGGGUAUUGUACUAUAUUAUCUCCUUAGGCUGGAACCUUUUACAAGCCUGCAUCGUACACUUCAGGGUGGUAAAUUUGACCAUGCAGACCGCCUUUUCCAAAGUAUGGAAAGCACGUAUCGGAACUGUCUAACUAAUACAAGCGAUGUGAAGGAGCUGGUUCCUGAAUUCUUUUACAUGCCAGAGUUUCUUGUUAACUCAAACUCGUACCAUUUUGGAGUGAAACAAGAUGGUGAACCAUUGCAUGAUGUUGGUCUCCCUCCAUGGGCCAAGGGAUCUCCUGAAGAAUUCAUUAGUAUGAAUAGAGAAGCCCUAGAAAGUGAAUAUGUUAGUUCAAACCUUCACCACUGGAUUGAUUUGGUGUUCGGUUACAAACAACGUGGAAAACCGGCAGUAGAGGCAGCAAAUAUCUUCUAUUAUUUAACUUAUGAAGGAGCGGUUGAUUUAGAGACAAUGGAAGAUGAAUUGCAAAGGUCUGCCAUUGAAGACCAAAUUGCUAAUUUUGGUCAGACACCAAUUCAAAUUUUCCGGAAAAAACACCCCAGGCGGGGCCCACCUAUUCCAAUUUCCCAUCCUUUAAGAUUCGCUCCUUCAUCCAUUACUUUGACUUCAAUUGUCUCCAGCACAAGUACACUACCUUCGGCUGUAUUGUAUACCGGCAUUUGCGAUUUGAAUGUGGUCCUUGUGAAUCAGGGACUUAGCAUGUCAGUUAAGAUGUGGUUGACGACCCAAUUGCAAUCUGGUGGGAACUUUACCUUUUCUAGCUCACAGGACCCCUACUUUGCUAUCGGCACCGAUGUGCUUUCUCCUCGCAGAAUUGGUAGUCCUUUAGCUGAAAAUAUUGAGCUUGGAGCGCAAUGUUUUACCACAAUACAGUCACCAUCUGGAAAUUUUCUGGUUUCAUGUGGCAACUGGGAAAAUAGCUUUCAGCUUGUAGCCUUGAAUGAUGGACGUUUGGUGCAAAGUGUCCGACAGCAUAAAGACGUCGUCAGCUGUGUUUACGUUACAUCAGAUGGGAGCAUGCUUGCAACUGGUAGUUAUGAUACUACAGUCAUGAUUUGGGAGAUUUUGCGGACUAGAACCCCAGAAAAGAGAGCACGGCAUGUGACAGAGCUUAACCGUAAAGACUGUGUCAUUGCAGACACUCCUUUUCAUAUAUUAUGUGGACAUGAUGACAUAAUCACAUGUUUAUAUGCAAGUGUAGAGCUAGAUGUGGUUAUAAGUGGAUCAAAAGAUGGAACUUGUGUUUUUCAUACCUUACUUAAAGGAAGAUAUCUAAGAUCUCUUCAACAUCCAUCUGGAUGCCCAGUAACAAAACUUGUUGCAUCUCGACAUGGAAGACUUGUACUUUAUGCUGACGAUGAUCUCAAUUUGCACCUCUAUUCUAUCAAUGGAAAACAUCUGAAUUCUUGUGAAUCCAAUGGGCGAUUAAACUGUAUUGAGUUGAGCAGAUGUGGUGAGUUCUUGGUUUGUGCAGGAGAUCAAGGACAAAUUGUAGUACGUUCUAUGAAAUCACUUGAGAUUAUAGGAAGGUAUAGUGGUGCUGGGAAGAUUAUAACUUCACUAACUGUGACGCAAGAGGAAUGUAUCUUAGCUGGGACCAAAGAUGGGAGUCUUCUGGUGUAUUCCAUUGAAAAUCCUCAACUUCGAAGAACUAAUGUAUCCCGGAGCCUAAAAUCAAAAGCUUCUGGAACGUGAUGUAUGCUUGGUUGCCAACCGUGAAUCCAACUACAGUCAGCCAUUGAGGAUAUUUUGUCUGUUUGCGUAGCAUACCAAAGAUAUUCAACACAACACAUACCAUAAUCAUCAUUUUGUAAGCCCCCUGUUCCCGUUGGAUAACAGGAAAGAUUUAGUGAAAGGCAGCCUUAUCGUGAUUGAUUGACACAUUCUAACACCAAUACAUGUACAUUGUGUGCUAUUUAUUAAGUUAGAUUGCAGAGAUAUGUAAUGCUGAUCAUACAGAUGUACUCAAUAGAUAUGUUGAUCCCCUUGUAAACUCUCAACUAUGUAUAUAUCGAUCGAGUCCAUUUUUCUACUAAAUCAUCAGCCCCUUUUUUGGGAUUUUAUAA